AUGGCAACUGAGUUCAAUACUGCAGUUUGUGGUAUUGGCCUACGACUUCCUGGGGGAAUAAAGGACACCCAUGACUUUUGGGAGCUGCUGGUCAACGGACGAGAUGCUCGCGGUCCCAUCCCAUCAACGAGAUAUAACAUUAGCGGGUUCGAUGAUUCGUUGGGAGGUAAAGGUGGUAUCAAGGCGCGGUAUGGAUAUUUCCUCGAUGAGGACAUAUCUGGGUUAGACACAUCCUUCUUUUCAAUGACACGAAAGGAGGUCGAGAGCUGCGAUCCCCAGCAGCGCCGUCUGCUCGAAGUGGUAAAGGAAUGUCUCGACGAUGCUGGAGAGAUUCACUACAGAGGCCGCGCCGUCGGUUGCUACGUGGGCACAUUUGGCGAUGACUGGCUCUUGAUCAACUCGAAAGAAAACCAGCAUCAGGACGGUUACGGCUAUCUUUCCACGGCCAACGGGGACAUGAUGCUUGCAAAUCGAGUGUCCUAUGAAUACGACUUUAGGGGACCGAGGUAG